GUGCGGGUGUAAACUUUUGUACCCAAUAUGUCCAGUUAUCAUGGGGAUGAUACUGAUUACAUGGCUGAUGAGUACGAAAUGGAAGACAUAGAUGAUGAUAUGGAUGAUGAGUAUCAUGAUAGAGAAGUGGAAGGCUCAGAUUCUGAUGCUGAUGAAUUCCAUUCGAGUAGUAGAAUAGUUGAUACCACUGCAGCUCAAGCGAGAAGAGGAAUAGACAUUCAAGGGAUUCCUUGGGAGAGGCUUAGCAUUACUAGAGAGAAGUACAGGAAAACUAGGCUUGAACAGUACAAGAACUAUGAAAAUAUCCCAAAUUCAGGAGAAGGGUCAGAGAAGGAUUGCAAGGCUACGGGGAAAGCACAUUCAUACUAUGACUUUUAUCGAAAUUCAAGAUCUGUGAAAUCGACCAUUCUUCAUUUUCAGUUGAGGAACUUAGUAUGGGCAACAUCAAAGCAUGAUGCAUACCUUCUAUCACAUUUUUCUGUAAUUCAUUGGUCAUCAUUAUCGUGCACCAAGUCUGAAGUACUCAAUGUUUCGGGCCAUGUGGCACCUACAGAGAAGCACCCUGGGAGCUUAUUAGAGGGAUUUACACAGACACAAGUCAGUACACUUGCAGUGAAAGAUAAUCUACUUGUUGCUGGGGGAUUUCAGGGAGAACUUAUUUGCAAGAAUCUUGACCGCCCAGGUGUUAGUUUUUGUUCCAGAACAACUUACGAUGAUAAUGCUAUAACUAAUGCUGUUGAGAUAUAUAGCAGCGCUAGUGGUGCAGUUCAUUUCACUGCUUCUAAUAAUGAUUCUGGAGUCAGAGAUUUUGAUAUGGAGAAAUUUCAGCUUUCCAAGCACUUCUGUUUUCCUUGGCCAGUUAAUCAUGCUGCCUUGAACCCAGAUGGUAAACUUCUUGUGAUUGUUGGUGACAAUCCUGAAGGCUUAUUGGUGGACUCACAAACUGGAAAGACAGUUGCACCUCUAUGUGGACACUUGGAUUUUUCAUUUGCAUCGGCAUGGCAUUCAGAUGGCAUUACCUUUGCCACUGGAAACCAGGACAAAACUUGCAGAAUUUGGGAUGUAAGAAACUUAUCAAAGUCAGUAGCUGCUCUGAAAGGCAACCUCGGAGCCAUUCGAUCCAUCCGCUAUUCCUCGGAUGGUCAGUACAUGGCAAUGGCAGAACCAGCAGACUUCGUGCACGUGUUCGACGUGAAAAGCGGGUACGAGAAAGAGCAAGAAAUAGACUUCUUUGGAGAGAUCUCAGGUGUGUCGUUUAGUCCAGACACAGAGUCACUUUUCAUUGGAGUAUGGGAUCGAACAUACGGGAGCCUACUCGAGUACCAUAGACGAAGAAAUUACAGUUACCUAGAUUCGUUGUACUGAGAUCGAAAGAGUAAAAGAAAAGGAAAGAAACUCGGGGGAAUAAUAAUAAGAUGGGGUGGGGUGAAAGUGAAAAUUGUUUAAUUAACAUAGUAAGAUGUAGUAAAAUUUGUUGUAAUUUGUUAAAGUGUAUAUUUAUUUAGUGUGGUGUGAAACAAUAGGGUUAUAUGUAUUAUGAUGAUGGUGAUGAUGAUGAUUUGAUGACACUUUGGUUUGGAAGGGACAAUUUGAGUGUAUGCUGAAGGGGGAGUGUAAGUAAAGAAAGGCUUGUGGGGGAUGGCAUGGUAAAUUAAUAGAUGGCCAGGGUGUCUGUCACCUUUUUGCAUA